UUUCGCCAUAGGCGUUAGAGUUCAGUUGGAGGUGUAGCGUAUGGACACGGUGCUGUCUGUGUGGAGGGGCAGUUUCACAGCGGAAGUAGAAAAGCCAAACCUUUAUCUCCAACAGAGUGGUAAAAGAACGAAGUAAGGAACUAAGCCAGUCGGAAUCUGUCACAAUGAAACCCCUGGACUUAUGCUUUAGACUUGUCUGCAGUUUUAUUGCUAUUAGCACAGUCUCUGGAUUCUAUCUUCCGGGUUUAGCUCCGGUUAAUUUCUGCGAAGAGGACAAGAAAACCGAUGACUGUCAGAGUGAGAUCCAGCUGUUUGUAAACCGGUUGGACUCCGUGGAAUCAGUCCUGCCCUACGAGUAUGACGUGUUUGAUUUUUGUAAAGAUGAACAAGAGAAGAGACCCUCAGAAAACCUCGGGCAGGUGCUAUUUGGGGAGAGAAUUGAGACGUCACCUUACAAGUUCAAAUUCAGGAAAGAUGAGCCUUGCCGUAAAGUGUGCACCAAAUCCUAUGAUUCAUCUAAACAGGAAGAUAGAGUUCAUUUGGAAUUUCUUAAGAGAGGCAUGGAGCUGAAUUACCAACAUCACUGGAUUGUUGACAACAUGCCUGUAACAUGGUGCUAUGAUGUGGAGGAUGGUCAGAAGUACUGUAACCCUGGAUUUCCUGUUGGCUGCUUUGUUACCUUGGACGGACGAUCUAAAGAUGCCUGUGUCAUCAGUUCUGAGUUCAACAAGAAAAAUACUUACUACCUCUUCAACCAUGUGGAUAUCACCAUAACUUACCACAGUGGGGAAAAUGAGAGUUGGAAAGGUGCACGGCUGGUUGCUGCAAGACUGGAGCCAAAAAGCAUUAAACACGGUGAGGAAGCCAGCCAGUCAUGUGAUGGGCCGCCCAUGGACGUACCAAAAGAGACCACUGGCAAUCUGAAAGUGACCUAUUCUUAUUCAGUCAAGUUUGAGUCCACAGAUCAGAUCAAAUGGGCUUCAAGGUGGGAUUACAUUUUGGUCUCCAUGCCUCAUAGCAACAUCCAGUGGUUUAGCAUCAUGAACUCUCUGGUCAUUGUGCUCUUCCUCUCUGGCAUGGUGGCCAUGAUCAUGCUGAGAACACUACACAAGGACAUCACCAGGUACAACCAGGUGGACCAGGCAGAUGUGGUUAAGAUCCACCAACACUCAGGCAUUGCAUAUGAGGAUGCUCAGGAGGAGUCGGGCUGGAAGCAGGUACAUGGGGAUGUGUUCAGACCUCCCCGGAGCGGCAUGCUGCUGUCUGUCUUUCUAGGGCAAGGCACACAGAUUUUCAUCAUGACCUUCAUCACACUCUUUUUGGCGUGCCUUGGAUUUUUGUCUCCAGCCAACAGAGGAGCACUUAUGACCUGCGCAGUGGUGCUGUGGGUCCUUUUGGGCACGCCUGCUGGAUAUGUUUCAGCCAGAAUGUAUAAAAGUUUUGGUGGUGAAAAAUGGAAAAUAAAUGUUUUAUUGACAGCACUUCUGUGCCCUGGCAUCGUGUUUGCCGAUUUCUUCUUGAUGAAUCUGAUUCUGUGGGUGGAGGGCUCGUCCGCUGCUGUCCCGUUCCCCACACUGGUAGCUAUCCUGGCACUGUGGUUUGGCAUUUCUGUUCCUCUCACCUUUGUAGGCGCAUACGUUGGCUUCAAAAAAUCGGUGAUCGAAUUGCCAGUGCGAACAAACCAGAUCCCACGGCAAAUCCCAGAGCAGUCCUUUUUUACCAAACCUAUUCCAGGCAUCAUCAUGGGUGGCAUCCUGCCCUUCGGCUGCAUUUUCAUCCAGCUCUUCUUCAUUCUCAACAGCAUCUGGUCUCAUCAGAUGUAUUAUAUGUUUGGCUUCCUGUUCUUGGUGUUUAUUAUCCUCCUCAUCACAUGCUCAGAAGCCACCAUUCUGCUCUGCUACUUUCAUUUGUGUGCUGAGGAUUAUCACUGGUGGUGGCGAUCAUUCCUCACUAGUGGAUUCACCGCAGUUUAUCUCUUCAUCUAUGCCAUACAUUAUUUCUUAACCAAACUUCAAAUCCAAGGAGCUGCCAGCACCAUUCUUUACUUUGGCUACACCUUGAUAAUGGUUCUGAUAUUCUUCCUUUUCACAGGCACCAUUGGCUUUUUUGCCUGUUUCUGGUUUGUAAAUAAAAUCUACAGUGUGGUGAAGGUGGACUAAUUUGGAGAUGUCAGCACUGGACUUUCUGGACAAUGUGGUGUUCAGCUUUGGCAGACUGUUGAUGGAGAGUUGUCCUUUUUUUGCUUGUAAACUAGUUCUAAUGUCAUAAUUCUGUUUCUCCUGUAUGGAAUUUGGUUGAUUUGGUUUGCACAAUUAACAGGUUUGAAUGUUAUGAAUGUGAUUGACAAGCUGGCAACUAUUUGCCUGUGAAAUGAUUUACUUGUCAACGAAGGUGGUGGACUGUGUAGAAACUGAAAGUGUGAAGGAACACCGAUUGUGAUCAAAUGAAUCUGUAUGGAAGAUUAUCUGCUACCUGAACCUUAAGCACAAAUUGCUUCUCAUUCAGAACAGACAUUUAGAUUUCUUAUAUUGAAUAUCUUAUAUAUAUUAUGGUUUUAUAUUGGUCUCCAAAUAUGUUUCUUUUUUCUUUUUUUUUAUAUAAAGCUAUAUUGAUGUUUUAUAAUUUGAAUGGUAAAACAUGAACCCCAUUGUUAAGUUUAUUUCUGUUUUAUAAAAUAGUUCUAAAGUGAAAAGGUCUGUAAAUAAAAAAGAAAUGUAAAAAAAAAAAUCCUAUAGAAUUUCCGAAGGGUUGUUUAUAACAUGACUAAUAAUUAGAUAUUAAAAUGACUGUUAAGGUAUCUUUUAAUUUUUAUGGCUCUCAUCCACUGAAUUUUAUGUAAAACAAAGAAAGGAACUGAUUUAAUAAUUGACAGAGAUUGACGUUAGAGCAAUAACAAUUCAGUUUUAAUUGGAAUGCUCACAGCUGCUACUGAGCUUUAGAAAAUCAUGUGAGGUAUACUUAAAGAUUCCUAAAAUCUCUUUAAAAAAAAAAAUCAUGAAACAAACAUAAAACACAAUACAAAUCAUUACAAUAUUUAUCAACAUGGUUUGGAACAAUUCUGUUCUUAAUAUAAGUACAAGUUUUACAAAAACACCUUGCAUUAUAAGGAUCUUGAUUGUUUACUCAUUAAGCGAUGGAUUUACUGGAGAAGAAUGGUGGUUGAGACUUUGAGACAAAAAGACCUUGUUGGAAACCUAUAGAUGUGUAACAAUUCAUAUCUCCAAACCAGUCUAGAAGAAUAGGUAAUAUGAUGAUGAUGAUGAUGAUGAUAAUAAUAAUAAUUAUAAUCAUAAUAGAUACAAUUUCCGUUAGCUUUAACACCUCAGGUUAUUAACUUUAUUUAAUUUUUUUCUUCAUUCCCAGCAUUUUGAAGAUCGUAAGCUGUAUCAUGUGCACUGGAAAAUUAAACAAAAAUAAAUUAAUAAAUGCAAUGUAAAGUGUCCCAAGACAGGGGGCUGCUGAACUAUGUUAAUAAAUCAAGAUUUCAAUUGCAACCUGUUUUAAAAAACACACCUUCAUUACAUCUUUAUUAGUCCAUAUUGUCUGAGACUGAAAGUUUAAUGGUGUGGUAGAUGACGCAUACCAAAAGAAAACAAACAAGGCUAUAAAACUUUACAAAUCUAGACAAACAUGUCAGACAAUUAAAAAACUAAUAAUAUAGACUUUUCUUUGUUAGUGUUUCUAUAAAGAAGGACAUAUUUCCAGUGUUUUAUUUCACUAGCCAGUAGUGAAUGUCUAUAAGUGUUUUGUUCUCCCAGUUUCAUCGCUUAGCAUGACAAAUAUUGCUCUGGACUUUGUCACUUGUUAAGUAGGACUGCACAAUAUAGUGUUUGUUAAUCAGUAUCGUGGUACUUGCUUCUGUAACCUACAAAUAAAUACACUCGUGAAACAUGCUGUGAGAAUUUAAAACGGCAUAGACUAUAUCGUGCAGCCCUAUGAGUGUAUUAUGAGGGGGAAAAAACUGAAUACAGAUGUGCAAGAGGUUGCUCAUCCUGCUGUGGUCCACCUCCAAUGGAUGGUCUAUACUCUGAACAUUUGGUGGAUAUACAGAUUUAAUUAUGUUUCUCUUAAGGCUAGUGAGAUUGUAUACAGCGCUAAAGAGUAGACAGGUGGCCAAGAAGUAAAACUACACACACUGUACUAUACCUCAAGAGGCUGGAUACUCUCAUGAGAAACACAAAAAUUUCCACAUAAAGUCAUUCUUCUAGCUAAAGUGUAAUUGCUUAAAAGAUUAUUAUAUGUCUUUAUAAAGAUUGAUUAAAAGUGUAAAACCUCCAGCAUUGUUUACUUUUCAAAUGUUAAUAAAUGCUGUCAAAAUUUUG